AUGCUCAAACAUAAGAAAAUCGAUGCAUUUUUCAAAAGGAAAAUUUCCGAUGAAAAUGAAAAUUGUAUAGCUUCAACAUCGACACUUGAGGAGCGAGCUUUCGGUGAUCAAACAAUUCAAGUUCAACCAAAUGAUCAACCUCACAAGAUUCAAAAAGUCACCAUGGAAGAAUUUGAUAUCAAUUGUUUAGAACGUGAUCCCGGUAAACGUCUCCAAAUUUGGGAAUAUCCAGUAAAUCAAAGAGAUGAAGUUCGAAGAGAUUAUCUUAAUUGGGGUCCCUAUCAAUGCCAAUUAGAAAAGUAUCCCUUUAAUGGAGAUAAAUAUCCAAGACGAUUUCAAGCAUCUUGGUUUAAAAUGUUCCCUUCAUGGCUAGAGUAUUCUCCAACUAAUGAUGCUGCUUAUUGUUUACUUUGUUACUUGUUUUGUAAAAAACCAAGUGGGCAUCCCGGAGCUGACGUCUUUACUAGAAAGGGAUUUAAAGCAUGGAGAAAGGUCAAUUUCGGAAAGAAAUGUGCUUUUCUUAUUCAUAUUGGAGAUAGUCCUUGUUCCCCUCACAAUAAUGCUUUGAAAUCUUCUCAAGACUUGUUCAAUCAAUCAAUUCACAUCAGAAAUGUUUUUAAUGUGCAGUGUGCCGAUCAAGUCAUCCAAAAUAGACUUCGUCUCAAGAGCUCUAUUGAUUCUAUUCGUUGGCUCGCAUUUCAAGCUUGUUCUUUUAGAGGCCAUGAUGAAUCACUUGGAUCGAAAAAUAGAGGUAACUUUCUUGAAAUGGUAAAACUCUUAGCAUCAUACAAUGAUGAACUUGCAAAAGUUGUAUUAGAGAAUGCUCCAUAUAAUUCAAAGUAUACCUCUCAUUCAAUUCAAAAGGAAAUUUUGCAUAUCAUAUCUAGUAAAGCGAAAAGUUAUAUUCGAGAAGAGAUUGAGGAUUCUAAAUUUUGCAUAAUUGUUGAUGAAUCGCGUGAUGAAUCUUUGAGGGAGCAAAUGGCUAUUAUCUUGAGGUUUGUGGAUAAAAAUGGGUGUAUUCAAGAUCGAUUUUUUGAGCUUGUGCAUGUUAAAGACACUAUGGCGAUCACUCUUAAAAAUGCAAUUUGUGAUGUUCUUUCUCGACAUGGUCUAAAUGUUUCAGAUAUUCGUGGGCAGGGGUAUGAUGGUGCUAGUAAUAUGAGAGGGGAGUGGAAUGGAUUGCAGGCACUAUUUCUCAAGGAUUGUCCUUAUGCCUAUUACAUACAUUGUUUUGCACAUAGAUUACAACUUGUUUUGGUUGCUGCUUCAAGAGAAGUUUUUACUGUUCAUGAUUUCUUUUCACACUUGACUCUUAUUGACAAUGUUGUAUGUUCCUCUAGUAAGCGCCAUGAUGAAUUGCAAGAUGCCAUAUUAGAGGAGAUUUCAAAUUUGCUAGAGAUUGGUGAGCUUGAUAGUGGUAAAGGACAAAAUCAAAUUGGCACUUUGAAACGAGCCGGAGAUACACGGAGCUCACAUUUCUCUUCUGUUCGUAGUAUGAUAGAUUUGCAUAAUCCAACUUGUGUGGUUCUUAAGGAUAUUAGAAAAAAUGGAAGAAGUUAUGCGACACGUGGGGAUGCUAAUGCUGGUUAUAAGUUUAUGAAAUCAUUUGAGUUCACAUUAAUUUUGCACAUGAUGAGAGAGCUUAUGGGAAUUACAGAUCGUUUGUGUCAAGUUUUACAAAAGAAAUCUCAAGAUAUACUUAAUGCUAUGCAGUUAGUCUCCACUACAAAGACAUUAAUUCAAAAGUUGAGAGAUGAUGGGUGGGAUGAUUUAUUGAAAGAUCGUGAUGGUUGUGCACGUCAUCAAAUGGAUCACAUCACAGUGGGUCAACAUUUUAGAGUGAAUCUCUUUUGUGUUACAAUUGAUCAACAACUACAGGAAUUGAAUCAUAGAUUUUGUGAGCAAACAAUGGAGCUUUUAAGUCUAAGCAAUAGUUUGGUUCCUAAGGAUAUUUACAAAGCAUUUGAUAUGAAUAAUAUAUGUGCUCUUGUAAAUAAAUUCUAUCCUACGGAUUUUAGUGAGCAUGAGAAAAUUAGUUUGAGAUAUCAACUUCAACACUUUCAUCUUGAUGUUGUUGGUCAUCCAGAUUUAAAUUGCUUGUCAACUAUGUCUGAAUUGUGUGAAGCUCUAAAAAAGACAGGGAAGGCGGAUACAUAUUAUUUGAUUGAUCGACUAAUCCGUCUUAUCUUAACUCUUCCGGUUUCUACAGCUACUACAGAAAGAUCGUUCUCAGCAAUGAAGAUAAUCAAGACAAGAUUGCGCAAUAAAAUGGAGGAUGAAUUUCUUGCUGACAAUAUGAUGCUUUACAUUGAAAAAGAAAUAGUUGACCACUUCAGUACUGAUUCAAUUAUUGAUGAAUUCAAGUCUUUAAAAGAGCGGAAGGCGGUACUUUAA